CUGACUUUGCAACUACAACCAUCCCAAAUCAGGAGUUGAAAAGUUGGAAACAACGACAAAAAAAAGGAACCGUUUUUCCUGCAGAUUGACCAAAAGGUAAGAAACCAAACAACCCAUUGAGAGGCUCCGUCCGACCACCGAAAUCCUCCUUUUGAGUUGAUCACACGAGCAAACAAGGCCCAUCGAUUAAAUCACCUACUGAUACCCACGAAAAAAUAAAAAGUUGGACACUCCACGGUGCCCAGAACUCUUUUUGAAUUAUUGUAAUUCUCAGCCAAACCAACGAAGGGAACAAAAAAAAAAAAUAGAAAUUGUAUUUAAAGCUCAACUGCCGCCCUUUCAGCCCCCACGCUGAUCACCGCCAUCUUCUAUCCAGCUCCGUGUCUCUUGUUUUUUUGAUUUGCUGGAGACGGGCAGAAGUCUUGCUUUCCAUCAUGACCAACGUUAGCACAAUUAUCAUUUGUUUGUUUGUCUCCUUUGGAGGCUUUCUCUUUGGAUAUGACACUGGACUCAUCUCCGGUAUCAUGGAGAUGGCAGUCUUCAAGGAUGACUUUGGUCCAGGCGAAGGACGCGACCUCCUGUCAUCCACAAAGAGUUUGCUUGUUUCAAUUCUCUCUGUAGGAACGUUUAUUGGAUCCUUGAGUGCUGGACACCUUGCGGAUGCCGCUGGACGUCGUUGGGCCAUCAUCAUUUCCUGCAUGAUCUUUUGCGUCGGUUGCGUUUUGCAAACGGCAUCUCAUAGUCUUGGUUUGAUGCUACCCGGACGUAUUGGCGCUGGUCUUGGUGUUGGCCUUUUGUCUGACUUGGUUCCAUUGUACCAAGCGGAAGCCGCACCGAAACAUCUUCGUGGUGCAUUGGUGUCAUCAUACCAGCUUGCCAUUACAAUCGGAAUCGUUGUCGCUCAGGGUGUUAAUCAAGGUCUCAAGGACCAUCCUGGUCGUGCCUCAUACAGAAUUCCAAUUGGAAUUCAGCUCGUCUUCGCUGGCAUCCUCAUGGCGGGCAUGUUUGUCUUGCCCGAAUCCCCUCGUAAUCUUUUGCGUCUCAACCGUCGCGAUCAAGCCAUCAAAGCUCUAUGCCGUCUACGAGGCAAGCAUUCCAGUGAUCCUUCAGUGACUGAAGAAAUCAACGACCUUCAGCGUGCCAUUGAACUCGAAGGUCAAAUUGGGGAAGCAAGUUAUCUCGACUGUUUCAAGAGCCCCGUCAGCCGUCGAACUCACAUUGGCAUCUGGAUUCAAAUGUUCCAACAACUCACCGGUGUGAACUUUAUCUUCUACUAUGGUACAACCUUCUUCAAGCAAGCGGGCAUCUCCAAUGCAUACACAACCUCAACCAUCACUGGUGUCGUUAACGUCCUUUCUACCCUCCCGGCACUGUACUUGAUGGAGCGCAUCGGCCGCAGAAAGCUUUUGCUUAGUGGCACAAUGAUCAUGCUUAUCGGACAACUUAUCGUGGGUAGUGUUGGAACCGCUUUCCCUGCCACCCUCGACGACAAGGGCAACGUCCUAUCAUCCAACACCGCUGCGGGCAUUUGCACCAUUGUCUUCACCUGUGUCUUCAUUUACGGUUUCGCAUCUUCUUGGGGUCCUGGUGCCUGGGUGGUUCCUGCCGAGAUCUUUCCUCUUCGAUACCGAUCAAAGGGUAUGGCCAUUGCUACCGCGUCCAACUGGUUCUGGAACUGGGUCCUUGGAUUCGUUACUCCAUACCUUGUCGACCGCGACCAAGCAAACCUUGGCCCAAAGAUUGCCUUCCUUUGGGCAGCCUUUAUUCUUGCCGGUGGUAUCUUUGUCUACUUUGCAGUUCCCGAAACUAAGGGUCUAUCCCUUGAAGACGUUGACCAAAUGUUUGACUCUGGUGUCCCCAUGCGCAAAUCAGCUGGGUAUGUGGCAAAACACAAGGACGAAGAGUUUGAUUUUGCUGGCAGCGGAAAGGAUGCCGGUGAAAAAACUCAAGUCAACAGCGUAAAAGAGUGAUGGGUCCCCCUAGAUGUCUUUUUUUCUCCAUUGUACAGUAGUUAGUAGUUAUAGUUGGUUUGAUCAGAAUGAUAGUUUGCUGGUAUUGGAUUGUGAAAGAGUUUCAAUUUUUGUAUGAGUGCCGGUUACCCGGCAGACUGGUCAUCAUGCUUCACUGGGAGACAUUUUAUGUAUCCAGUCCGUGAAUUGAAAUCAAUAUUGUGUACGUGGGACAUAGGUAAACUUCCAAAAGAGAUUUCGGAUGCCCA